AAUUUUGUGCAAAAAUCACCGCGUUUCUAGUAAUUAUUUUGCAAAUUGCACUGAUCAGAUGAUUUGUCCCAUUUAACCACUUUCUGACAAGUGGGGCCAGAUUGUAAGAGCAAAAUGUUUACACACAUACCCCUUGAUCUAAAAUAGAAAAGCAAUCAGCCCCCCACCCCCAGCGCCGUCGCCAACCUGCUGCCUGUUCCUGCUCGAGACGACCGUCACGACCCCCGCGGAAGCUCGGGGCGGCGCGGCCCGUUGCCGCCGAUUUCGGGCGUUGCCCCGCCCCUCCGCCGGCCAGAAUGCUUGCCGCCUCACCGCCAUUGCCCGCCAAGGUCGAUUAGCGGCAGCCCGGAGAUGCUCUUGCGCGGCAGGCGGCAGCUACCCGGAGGAGACUGCGGCGUCCGACGCAAGCUCGUCAGCAGCAGUGCCACACGCGCUGCUUGGCCGGGGACGCCGGAGCGACGCGCUGGGCUGACGGCGGGCGGAGGCGCGCUGGGCCACAGGAGGGGCGUGCUCGCGCUGGGCCGGGGAUGCUGGAGUGACGACGAGCAACAGCAGCUGCGGGCGGCGGCGUCCUGGCGCACGAUGCCUCUGCGUCUGACCUCCUCCAUGGCGACGCCCCGGCACAGCACCUCCCCCGCUCCCCGGCGUUGUUCGGGGACUGGAGGCGCCGCCAGCCUUCAAGGUCGCGAGCAGCCCAGCUCACGCUGCUAGCGCUGAUUCCGGCGGACGGCCGGCACCACGCUCCUGGGAGUCAAGCGGCCUGGGCGUCCCGCCCACAAGCUCCGACCUCCUCCAUGGAGGAGGGAGGCCACCCCGCCCACGAGCAAGGCCAGGGAGGAGGGAGGCCGUCCCGCCGGAGGCCGCCUCGCCGUGGCCAGCCACCACCUCACAGGAGGAAGGCGACGGGGGUGGGAGGGGGGCCGAUUGCUUUUUCAUUUUUUUGAAUAGGGGUGUCUUUGUGAAAUCCAGGGAGGUGUAUGUCAUAUUUUUACCAAAUCAUCGCCUUACAAUCCGGUCCCACUUGUCAGAAAGUGAUCAAUCAGGCUAAAUCACCUGAUCAGUGCAAUUUACAAAAAGUUUACUAGAAACGUGGUGAUUUUUACACAAAAUUAGGGACUAGGUGGUUUUCUACAAUUGAUGCCUCAAAUGUGGUGGUUUUUUGCAAUUAACUCCAUAUCACCAGUUCGGACCAGUGAUGGAUGGACAGUUGUCUGAGAUUGCAGCUUGAAACGGCGGUGCAAAGCUGCUGCCGGAGUAGCUGCUCGGCCACACGCCCGCGCAGGCCUCCGCCGGCGAUUACCCUGCUGCUCUCCCACCGGCGGCGGCGGCGGCAUGGUUUGCCGGGUGAUCACCGGUCGAUGACGGGCGAGUCAAAUUGCAUGGUAUAACUCCUUGCGCACGGGGAAACCGGUAGUAAAGCCCCAAGCCACCACGACCUCCUCCCCCUCUCCCAAACCGAGGAAGCGGAGCGCGUGCCCGGAGCCGGGAGAUAGGUAGCCGAUCGACGGCGGCUGCUCCGGCGACCGUGUCCUCAUGUACGCGGCCGCGCGCCGCCUCCUCUCCACCCGCGCCUGCGCCGCCGCGCGGGCGUCCCCCGUGGCCUCGCGGGCGCCCUCCUGCUACUCCGCGGCGCAGUCCAAGUCGCCGCCGCCGCCGCCGCGGUUCCCGACGCCCAAGGAGAUCCGGCGGGGCCUGGACCAGUACGUCGUCGGCCAAGACAAGGCCAAGAAGGUGCUCUGCGUCGCCGUGCACAACCACUACAAGAGGAUAUACAACGAGCCCCCCACCAAGAGCUCAUCCUCGGCGGGUUGUGAUGCUGGUACGGCUGGCGACGAUGACACUGAGCUCGAGAAGAGUAACAUCCUUCUGCUUGGGCCAACUGGAUCAGGUAAAACACUUCUAGCAAAAACACUCGCUCGCUUUGCGAAUGUGCCCUUCGUGAUUGCUGAUGCAACAGCAAUUACACAGGCUGGGUACUCAGGGGAAGAUGUGGAAUCAAUCGUCUACAAACUUCUAGUGGCUGCUGACUUCAAUGUCGAAGCUGCAGAGCGUGGCAUCAUCUACAUUGAUGAAGUUGAUAAGCUCGCAAAGAAGUUCGGUUGCCAGGAGGACCGGAGGGAUGUCUCUGGAGAGGGUGUCCAGCAAGCACUCUUAAAGAUGUUUGAAGGAACAGUGAUCAGUGUGCCAAGGAAAAGAAGUCAAAAUGGCCUGUCUCAUGGUUGUGUCGAGGUUGAUACAACAAACAUACUCUUCAUUUGUGGAGGUGCAUUCUCUGACUUGGGAAAGAUUAUCUCUGAAAGACUUCACCGCUGUCCUUUUGGUUUUGGAACACCAAUACGUCGUGAAUUGGGGGAUUAUUCUUUGACGGAUGCUCUUGAACAGUCAUGCUUGCUUGAAGAGAUCGAGAAUGAUGAUCUGAUUGCGUAUGGCCUGACACCAGAAUUUAUUGGGAGGCUGCCAAUAAUAGUUGGCUUGACUCAUCUCACUGAAGAUCAACUGGUUCAGGUUCUCAAAGAGCCCAAGAAUGCAAUAGGCAAGCAAUACAAGAAGUUGUUCAAGAUGAACGAUGUAAAAUUGCAUAUUACUGAAAACGCUUUGAGGCUGAUAGCAAAGAAAGCAGCUGUGAGGGAAACUGGGGCGAGAGGCCUACGGUCUAUAAUGGAGGGCAUUUUGACAGAAGCAAUGUUUGAGAUCCCGGAUGACGCGGGAGAGGGGAAAGAGAAGAUAAUUGUUGUUCUUGUUGAUGAAGAAUCCGUAGGGACACCGACCCGUCAAGGCUGCGGAGCCAAGAUUUUCCGAGACGAUGGAGCCCUAGAACUAUAUGUUUACCAAAACAAUAUCAGGGUGCCUGGGCUGAUUCAGAGGCCAAAAUGCAGCAUCAUUUGCCGGCUGUGCCUUCUGGUAGCCUUUUCAGCAGCUAAGCUAUGGCUGUAUCAUACCUUUGAUUGUUUCUCCUCAAUAUACGCGUGGAUUGUGUUGAUACUGUGUAAGGCAAACAUUUUCAUAGAAUGAAAUACAGUAUGAUUUCAGAUA